UCCGCCCUGACGGACACAAACUAGUGCGGAGUGAAGAGGAAUCAUAACAGUUAUUUCAGCUCGAGGUUUCAUCGGAAUCUUAAAUGAACUAGAGCAGAAAAACUCCGGUGUUUUUGGAGAAACCGUGAUAUAAAAGUUGUGAAUCUUUUUCCAGAUGUCUCUGGUGGAUCUGGGGAAGAAGUUGCUGGAGGCGGCUCGCUCUGGACAGGAUGACGAGGUUCGGAUCCUAAUGGCCAACGGAGCUCCGUUCACCACAGAUUGGCUGGGCACAUCACCACUCCACCUCUCCGCUCAGUAUGGUCAUUACUCAACCACUGAAGUGCUGCUGCGUGCCGGCGUUAGCCGAGAUGCUCGUACAAAAGUGGACCGAACACCUCUGCACAUGGCUGCUUCCGAAGGCCACGCCUCCAUUGUAGAGAUGCUGCUGCAGCAUGGUGCUGACGUGAAUGCUAAGGACAUGUUGAAGAUGACGGCUCUGCACUGGGCAGUGGAACAUGGACACGGAGAAGUUGUGGCACUGCUGCUGAGGUUCGGUGCUGACGUUCACGCGCAGAGUAAAUUCACCAAAACGGCGCUGGAUAUUGCGCUCGACAACAACAACGAGGACCUGGCAGAAAUCCUGCAGGUGGCGAUGCAGAACCAAAUUAACACAAACCCAGAGAGUCCUGAAAUGCUGACCAUCCACACGGCUUCACCUCAGUUAAUCAUCGGCCCCGGGGGUGUGGUGAACCUGACCGGGAUCAUCUCACCAUCUAACACCAAUAAACCUACAGUGAUGGCCACUGAGGAGGUGGUGACCGCAGACUCCGUCGACGGCGCCAUUCAGCAGGUCGUGACCUCUGGAGGGCAGCAGGUCAUCACCAUAGUAACUGACGGCAUUCAGUUAGGAAACCUGCAAGGGGGUGGAGCCAUCAACCAGCCCAUAAUAGUCACCAUGCCUGAUGGGCAACAAGUGUUGACAGUUCCAGCCACAGAUGUAGCAGAGGAGACGGUGGUAAGUGAUGAACCCUCACUGAAACGAGCAAGACUGGAGGAAGAAGAAGAGGAAGAGGAGGAGAACACCGCCAUACACACACAUGAGACAAAGGAGAAGGUGGCGUUGUUGAAGCAAUUGGAGGAGGCAAACAGAGAGGCGCAGAAAUACAGACAGCAGUUCCUGAGGAAGGAGCAAGAGGCGGAGGCCUACCGGCAAAAACUGGAGGCAAUCACACGGCAGGGGGGGAAGAAACCAGCAUGACACACACACACACACACACACACACACACACACACACACACACGAUUUCUCCUGAGACUUUCUUACACACACUAAUGUUUUUUUGUUACAUUUUUAAAAAAUAAUAUCUGUCUACCAACCCACAACAUGUUGUAUCAGUCAGAACCCUGUGCCCUGUUCACUACCUAGUGCACUUAGUUUGGGAGAUAAAGCAUUAAUAGUUAGUGCACUUGUGAAACCCACAAUGCAUUGCAGUAUGUUAGAUUCCAGUGUCUGCAUACAGAUUAGUCUUGGGGUGUGGCAGCUAUAGGUGUUAGGGAUAAGGGCACCUUGUGUGUUGUUUCCACUCAUCUGUGUUUAUGUGAACAUCAGAUUUGUUUCUAAAUAAAACCUGAAAUGAACGUGAUAAGACGGAGUGUGUGGAAUAAACGAAGCUGGAGCGAG